GUCUGCGCAGUAGAGGGCAUUCGGGGUGCUUGUGGUUUGGAGAGGUUCCGGGUGUGUAUGUACGGUCGGUGCCCUUGCAGGAUCUUUGUGUUGAGGUACCGGAGUUCAGUCAGCAACUACCGCUGCUCCGUGGCUGCGUUCCCCAACGCUGAACUGUUACAGUAGUUAGUUUCCUCUUAACGAAAAGCCCGCCGCAGCUUCGACCUGCGCCAAGCUCAGUGACUGCUGGACAUGUGCGGCACACGUUGGACAUUCACUGCAGAAAAUGAGUCUUAUUAAACUGAGCACGUAAAUUUGGAACUGUGGUCUGAUUUCGUCAACCUGUAAAAUGCACUUUAUAUUUAUCAAUUCGCCAGGUGAGCUGUAGACUGCAUUUGUUCGUGUGAUAAUAAUCAGUUGCAACUGGAUCAUCCCAACUUUAGUCAUAAGGAUAGACUAGAGCUCUCCAUAGAUGCAAAGGAGUGGUCGAAGUAUUUAACAUCGUGACGUUAUAGACGGAGUAAACAUAAACAAACUGAUCCCGCUGGGAGAAGGGUCGAGUGCCAGGGAUGUGGAAUAGUGAAAUGGAUCAAAAGUAAAAUAUGAAAAGACAUUUAUAUAGUGAAUGGCGGGUAUCCGAAUAUACUACCUGGGUAAAAGUGAAGACAGAUUCAAUUGCAUCGUUCGAAAGGGAUUUCAGAAGAUGUUUUCAACGCCUUACUGUCCCCAUGUCGGCCGUGGAGAAUAUGCUGAUGUGUAUGAUCCAGCAGAAGAUACCUUCCUAUUAAUGGAUGCCUUAGAAAAAGAUGUGAAAGAAAUACAGCAGCUCUGUCCCAGUAUUUGCCUUGAGGUUGGAACAGGAUCUGGUGUUGUCUCUGUAUUCCUAGCUUCCAUGAUUGGGCCUACCUCAUUUUAUCUCUGUACAGAUAUUAACUCCUUGGCUGCUGCUUGUGCACAAGAAAGUGCCUGGAAAAAUGGGGUGAAUAUCCAGCCCAUCAUUACUGAUCUGGUCACUGGACUGUUGCCACGACUACAAAAUCAAGUUGAUGUGCUGGUAUUUAAUCCACCUUAUGUUGCAACUCCCUCAGAAGAAGUUGGUAGCCAUGGUAUAGAGGCAUCUUGGGCUGGUGGAGAAAGAGGUCGUGAAGUCAUGGAUCGCUUUUUUCCUCAGGUCUCAAGCCUCCUCUCCAGUCAGGGAAUCUUUUAUUUGGUGACAGUUCAGGAAAAUGACCCAGAGGAAAUAAUAGAAGCAUUGAAAAGUUUUAAUUUGAAAGGGACUGUGUGUAUCUCAAGGCAAGCUGGGAGAGAGCGACUAUCAGUGCUCAAAUUUCAGAAAGCCUGAUUGUUGAGUUCUGGUAUUCUGCUUUCAUCAAAACUACAAGAACCCAUUAUCCUACACCGGAAAGAAAUGGACAGUCCUACCUACUGCUUUCCUUAUGACUGCCAAGGGAAUUGUGAACACAAGCAUCUAAGUGCUGUAAUCCAAUUAAAAUACAGCUGAAUGCCUAGAACAAUUUCCAUGGAAAACUGGAGAUAGUUCAAUACUGCACUUGAGUUGUUGAAACUGCCCCUCAGAAGACUUGUAACCUAGAGGCAUUUUUGAAUGCAGGUUUUGAAGAUCAAUGACUUGGUUAUAUUAUGCUAAAAGUUGCUUAAGGCAAAGCAAAUGAAAGUGUAUGUGGUAACUUGCAAUUAUUACAGAAAGUCCGUUCUACAAGCAAAUUAAUUUGAACAGCAACAGUAAAGAAAAACAAGGCAAACUGCAAUCAAGUCAUGCUGAAAGGAAUAGUGUGAUGUGAGAUCUGAAAUCAAAUAACAAAAAUUAAAGCAAUUGUACUAAAUGUAUUUUAAAUCCUGAAGUAUGGUCUUGAACCACAUUCUGUCUGAAAUGAUCUUCUGUGCAUUUUUAACAUAAUAUGACGAACGGGGAUUUUAUGAAAAAUGAAUAUAAUUGUUAAUUCACUAUUUGAGUACAAUUGUUCAAUAAUGAAAAUAAAUGACUAAAAUAGGAAAUGAACCUAAGAUAGAGGUUUACAAUUGCUUGACAGUCUGAUAUUUUAACUACCCUGAGGAAAUGUACAAAUUUUUCAAGCCUUGCACUAACAUAAUUGCUAUAAAUGAACUGCACAGCUUUCAAUACAAAAGAAAAAUCUGAAAAUGCUGGAAGUAGAGGAACAGACAACAACUGUGGAUAGAUAAACAUAUAAUAAAUAUUUCAGGUUGAAGGCCCUUUAUAAUUCAGAUACUGUACUCCCAUAGUGAUAUUUUUGAGACAGCUCCAGGAUUUGAACCUAGCAGCAUUGAAGGAUUAGCUAUAUAUUACUAAAUCAAGGUUGUGUUCCAUGUUGGCGGGGGGGGGGGGGGACCCGCAGGUGUUGGUGUUCCUAUGAAUAUGAAGCCUUUGUCUUCUUGAGUGGUGGUGGUGCUGGUGGUUAUGGGUUUGGGAGGUACUGUUGGAACAAGCUAGACAAAUAUCUGUAGUGUUUUGUGGUUAGGGUGCACAGCAAUCAUUGUGUGACAGAAGUGGAAGGAAUGAGUUGAAAGACUAAUUCCUCUGGCUUUAAUAUAAAAUGGUGAACUUCCUGUGUGUUAGUUGGAGCUGUGCUCAUCAGUUUAUUCCAUAUUUCAGCCUGUGGUUAGUGGAGAAUUUCUGAAGAUAAGGCAUUCCCAGGAUAUACAGCUUUUGAUCUAUUCUUGUAGCCACAGUAUCAAUGUCACUGGUGGAGCUGAGUCUCUUGUCAGUGGUGAGCCCCAGGAUGUUAAUGGGGAAGUCAGUGAUGAUAAUGUCAUUGAAUCAAAAAAUCUUGGUGAUAGUAUUUUUUAGCUGUUGGAGAUGGAUACCAUCUGGCAUUUUGGUGACAUGAAUCUUCCUUACCACUGGUAGCAUAUGCCUUAAUGUUGCCUUCUUCUGUUGUCUUACAGGUAUGGAGUGUUUCAUUUGCUGGGCAGGUACAGGAGCCUGAAGACACACACACUCACCACAUUCAAUGUUUUAGGAAUGGCUUUGUUCCCUGUGCCAUCAGAUUUCUGAAUUGACAGCCCAUAAACACUAUUUCACUAUUUUUGCUCUCAUUUGCACUAAUUAGUUAAUUUGUUUGUUAAGAACAUUAUUAUUAUAGUUUAUAGUAUUUUUAUGUAUUGCACUGUACUGCUACGGCAAAACAUUUCAUACUCUAUGUCAGCUAAAUUAAACUUGAAUCUGACUUUGAAUGAAAUUGAACAUAAUGCAAGCAUCCCCACCCCAGAAAGAAAGGUGCUGAUGAAGUAGCUAGAGAUGUUUGGAUCUAGGAUAGUGUAAUUCCUAAUUAUAGUGUAAUUAUAAAUCCUAUAAUUCCAGAUCACCUGGAAAAGGGGGCCUCCUAUGGAGAUUCCAAAAGGAAAUUGGCAGUAUGUUAUAUUAAAUGUGAUUGUACAUCUUAGCUAAAUUUGUCAAAAGUUAUCUUAGAAAAGAUCCUCAUUUUCAAUGUCCUGCUUGGCCAAAUUUGCAUAUGCCUACAAAACUGCAUGUGUUUAUAAGUGGCAGAUAAUCUCAAACCAGUAAUUAAGGAUUGUACGAUGGAGUGGAAAAAUGAUUAAGGUUGUGCUUAAUGUCUUGCCCUUUUGUCGAGAAAAAUAAUUACAUAACGCAGGAAAUCCAUCCACAACAAAUAAACUUAACAAAUGGUCAGGUACGGAAAUAAAAAUGGGAAUGGUAGAAUCAGGACAUAGAUAUAAAAAAAAGGUGAUUGAAAAAAUACUCUCAGUGCCCACUUUAUUAGGUACCUACUGUACGUUUGUGGUCUUCUGCUGCUGCCGUCCAUUCACUUCAAGUUUUGAUAUGUUGUGCAUUCUGAGAUGCUUAUCUGCGCAUUCCUGUGGUAACAUAGUUAUUUGAGGUUACUGUCAGCUUGAAGCAGCCUUGUUCAUUCUCGUCGGGCCUCUCAACAAGGCUUUUUUGCCCACAGAACUCUGCCACUUGAGAGAUGUUUUUGUAUUUUGCACCACCCUCUGUAAACAAUAGACUAGAGACAGUUGUGCGUGAAGAUCCUGGGAAAUCAGCAUUUUCUAAAAUACUCAAACUAUGAGUCUGGCACUGACAAUGGUCAGUCACUUAGAUUACAUUUCUCCCCCAUUCUGAUACUUUGUCUGAAGAACAAUUGAAAUUCCUGGCUGCGUUUACAUCCAUUUAUGCAUUGAGUUGCUGCCGUGUGCUGAUAGUUGCAUUAGUGAGCAGGUGUAUAAACCACACCUAAUGAAAUGGACACUGAGUGUAUAUCCAAAAGUACGACAGCUACAAAGGCACCGAAGUAAUACUGAAGUUGUAUUUUAGUGAAUUCAGAGGAUCCCGGUCCACUUUAAUUAAUGGUUAUCCUCGUAAUGUGUACUGCCUGCGGAGAGGAAGAUGCUAGCCACAUGGAGGCUCAAUAAUGGAUGGCAAGAAUUAUGCUUAAUAAACUAGGGGAAACAGACACUUGGAAAACUUUAGGAAUGGUUGCCUUGAAUAUAAACAUAAAAAUAUUUUAUUUUCUGAUAAACCAGUAGAGGGAGCCAUUGAAUCAUUAGCUACUUUGAAAAAAAUUAUUGACCUGAGCAGCAGAAGCACAAAUGUAUAUCAUAAAAAACCUGAAGAUGCUGAGCACCUAGAAUAAAGGUAGAAAAUAAUGGAAAAACUCAGCAUGUCAGGCUGCAUCUGCUGUUGCUAGUUCAUGCUACAUCUGAAUAAUUGAAACCCCUUAUUAUCACCGCACUUGAAAUAUGCUGACAAAAAUGACCCAA